AUGGCUGCUCUCUCAGUGAGACCACCUCCAUGGAAAACGAACAUUAUCAUCAGCUCCACCUUGCAGGAGCAUGAAAUUAGCGGUAUGCUGACAGCUGGGCAGCAGCACAGACUGAGAUUAUCAGACAGCAUCCAGCCUGGAGUCAUCAUUUUCCCUCAGUCAGGUACGGCAUUUCUGCUGGUUGAAGCUCCGGUCCUCCCAGACAGGGAAUCUGAGCUCAUUGGGUUGAUUGAGAAGUUUGUGCAGAUUCACCGUAACCACUUCGUUGUCCUCCGCACACCUGUCGAUGGAAACGCAGGUCCAGACGCCCUGACGCUGAUUCAGACCAGAUUCUUUGGCAGCAAUUUGAAGGUCCUGCCGGUACAGAGCAACGCUGAAGUCGUCAGAGGAAUUCUGAAGAUAGCCAAGGCCACCAGUAAACCAUACGUGGACCUUCUGCAGAGACACAUGUCCCUGGCCGUGGCUCACAUUAUUGAGACCAGUAAUGUGUGGGAGGUGCACAGAGACGCCGUCUGA